UAAUUCAAUUUCAAACGGUUUUCGAUUGUGGCCUGUUCUAUGGCGUUUGACAAAUUUACGAAACUUUUAAAAUAAAUGUAAAUUUCUCCACAAAUAUGUCAAUUUUUACGGAGUUAUUACCUAAAAUCAAUCAAAUAUCUCAAGAUUUCACUAAUACGUUCAAUGAAAACCUUAAGGAGGCGCUUGAGUGUUUUGAUAAGUUUGAAGUUGAUUUUGAAAAUGUCAAAAGACAAGCUAGAGAGAAGAUUAUAAAAGAGAAAUCGGUUUUAACCAAACUCCAGAGCAUUAACGAGGAUGAUGGUGAGAAUUCAAAUAGACCGAUUGAGAAAUUGGAAGAAAAAGUGCUUGCUAACCCUGAAGAGAGCCCAGAAGAGGGGGAGAAGGAUGCUCCAACGCGAGGGCCAAAGAAACGCAGCAAACAUGAAGUUGAUGACAUGUCAAGUCCUGAAGUUGAUAAACGGCAGAAAAGAAAUGCUUCUGUUGUCGCUAAGAACAUCAUUAGUAAACAGGCAAAAGAAAAUAUGAAUGUACUAAAGGAGAAUGAAAUCUCUAAUAUAGUUGAAAAACUGGAGAAGGUUUCCAUAUUACCGGAGCCAAUGGAAGAUGCAAUCUUACCCGUGGAUGUGUUAGUGAAGCAGGAAGUUAAUAAGGACGAGCUAGCAAUGCCACCGCCCGCUGCCCCUGUACCUAAAGCAAGAAAAGCAGUAUUAAAAGAGAAAACCGAAGUGGUUCAAGAAGAGGAAACCGGUAGGAGAAGGACGCGGACAAGGAAACAGACUGACACGCUGCCAGCGCCACCUGUACCAUCAACUCGUGCGACGCGAGCUAGUUCUAGAAACACUCAGAUAGUGGAACCUGAAGAACCUGUAAUUAAAGAUACGAGACCCAAGCGGACCCGCGGCAGGAAGAAAGUAUCAGAAGUAACUUCAGAUUAUGAAAAAGAAACACACGUAACUCAAGAUAGUGGAUUAGGAUCUCCCAGCGAUAAGCCACGACCUAAAAGAACAAGGAAGGGACAAAAGGCAGCUGAAAAAGAAACCAAAAAAGAAGAAGAAAUCACAAAAGAGGAAGACAUUACAAAAGAAAUAAAUCCUAAAGAAGAAACAGAAGCAUUCUCUCCGAUAUUAGAAAGUCAUAUUAAAGUGAAACCUAAUACUGAAGUAAUAAAUAAAAUACAAGACGAAACUGAUACAAAACAAGAAAAAGACUCUAAUGUUAUAGAAAAAGAGAACAUAGAUAAAGAAAUUAAAAAUAGUAUUACAAUAAUGGAUAGUACAGUUGUAUUGACAAAUGGUGUUUACGAACACGAACAAGUUACACCUAAAGUUUUGAGAGUGAUGAAUGACACCGUGGUGUUAGAACAUGACACCGUUAAGCCUGUUGUCAUGGAUACCACUGUGGUGUUGGACAAAACGAGGAACAUCGCUAUGGAUGCCACCGUCGUACUUGAAAGAUUACCAAUAGAAGCGAAUCUAACUGAAGACAAUUCUCUGCUGACUGAUGACAGUGACACUCAGGACGGUGUUAACACUCCAGAGGGUGUUAACACACCGCAGGAUGUCACACCCACUAAGGCAAUACCAAAUAAACAACCUCUGUCUGCUGUCAAAGAGAAAGUACAGAAGUUUGAAGAACUAGCGGCGAGGACUACAAGAACUAAAACACGAGCUAUGGCUAAAAAGGACGAUGUAACAGAAAAUGUGACACCUCCGGACAAGAUAUCUAAAGUUAUUCUAUCCGCGGAGAAUCUCAGCAAAAUGAACAGUAUGAUAUUCAAUGGGAAACCAACACAGGUAACAAAUUCAGCGACAAAACCUAAAUCAAACAUUCCUACAUAUAAAUCUACUUCUUCAUCAACUUCCAAACUGAGCGGUUUGACGAAAGCGCGAGAAGCCGCAGAGGAAUACCAGAGGACGGAGAAAGAGGAUGCUAGAAGGAAGAAGGAGGCACUUCUAGAAGCGAAGAGGGAGGCACAGAAAAAGAAGCGCGAGGAGAAGAUGGCGGCGGCGGCGAAAGAAGAAGCUCAGAUGUUCAAAGAAGUUCUGCAGAGACAGAAAGAGUACAAUGACAAACAGAAGUUGAAAUAUAAUAACCGAAUGACUCCAGUGAAGUACUCUUGCGCCAUUGAGCCGGUGUACAUGGCUGACGGCUUCCAGUUCCUCAACUCUGAUGAAGAUGAGGAGGAAGACGAUAAGAGGCCGCCACCGCAUUGGGCCACUUCUUUGGAGCGUCGCCGGCAGCUGAGCGUGCAGGCGCGGCUGGAGGAGUGCGGCGGCGCGGCCGAGGUGGCGCGUCUGUUCUCCGUGCGGCCGCACUGCCCCGACCUGCGCCAGAUCUUCCCCAACAUCGAGCGCGCGCGCCUCAAGCGCACCUCCUCCGCCGUCUGGCGCACCCCGCCCGCAGACAACAGGUACAAAACAUAAGUGUUUAUUCUCUGGUCGCUGGCGGCAUGUAAAUAUCUCGGUACUGCACCUAAUCAACAAUACUUUGAUAAAUUAUUUAAACACUCAAACAUAUUAUUUUGAUAUUAGAAAAUAUGUCAAAACAUUAAUAUCGAAUUU